UGAGAGAAAAAAAAGGUUGGAGGUGAUGGCAGGCUGCCAGCUGACGUCAAUGGUAGGAGCGAUGUGGUUAUAAAUAUAAGAACUGGCGAGAGCUUCCAGCAGCUUCAAACUUCAGCACAGUCAAGACAAACAGGCUCUGAACUCAGCUAAAAGCACACAGAGAGAGCGCGCAGCUUUUCAGGACAGUGCCUCUGCGAUAAGAGUUACGUGGUCGAUCGACAGGACCUGGUGCUGAACGAGAGCACUCGCACCUUGCCCCCCCCCCCCCAACCCACCCACUCCCCGGUUUUAUUUUCGUGAAGGGUUAGUAACCCCUUCUUCCACUUGUUGCAACCACGGCUUUCAUGCAAAGUCUGACCAGCUGGGACUCGCGUUGCGACUCGCCAUGUUUCCAGACGGCUCCGACCUACAUUAAUUUGAUGGAAGUGGCCAACUUCUACGAGUCGGACUGUUCCCCGAACAAGUUGCACCGCGACCGUUCAAUGACAGACCUGGGCAUCGGUGACAACGAGAGUGCCAUCGACUUCAGCCCAUACAUCGACCCGGCCACCGCCUCGGCAGCAGGGGGCAACUUUGAGCUCGGCAGCGACCUGCUGACGGAUAUUAUGCUGUCAGACGAGUACAAGAAGAAAUCCCUGCCCGACUACAACGCCUACUUGUCGAUGAUGCGCAGCUCGUCGGCCGGCGCCAGGCACCAGGGCAACAUCCUGAGCUGCACCCCGCAGUUCCUGGAGACUCGGCUGGAGCCGGUGUUUGAGCAGAGCCCGGACGGCAAAGGGGUGAAGCAGGAGAGCCGGGAGGAAGAGGCCGCUGCUGGCGGGGGGAUGUCAGUGCAGCCUGCAGCAGCGGCGGCCGCCGCCUCCUCUUCCUCGUACGUGAGGCCGCUGCUGCAGUACCAGUGCGUGGCCAGCGGCAGCAACAGCAACCUGUCCACCUCGUCCCUGUCCUCAUCCACCACCCCUCCGGCCACCCCGAACUCGGCCGACUCCAGCCGAGCGGCCGCCAAGAACAAGAGCAAAAAGCUGGUGGACAAACACAGCGACGAGUACCGCCUGAGGAGGGAGAGGAACAACAUCGCGGUGCGGAAGAGCAGGGACAAGGCCAAGCUCAGGAAUGUAGAGACUCAACACAAAGUGCUGGAACUGACCGCCGAGAACGAGCGGCUCCAGAAGCGAGUGGAACAGCUCAGCCGGGAGCUGGCAACUCUGAGAAACUUGUUUAAACAGCUCCCGGAGCAUACCCUGCUCAGUGCGUCCAGCAACUGCUGACAUUGACUGCACAGCUCCCAAUAUUUAUAGAUUCUUAUUUUCUUUCUCUCGCCUUUAUAAUAUAUAUAAAAGCAACGGAUAUUGUGACUCUUUUGCAUAAAGGAGUUGAUCAAAAGGACUCUUUGUAUAUAGAGGAUUCUCUGUGUUUACAGCACAUUGCAGUAAGCGAGGUUGUAUAUCGUUUAGAUGACCUUAACCCAUGCAUUUUACAACGGCAGGGAGAGGGAUGAAUGAUGUUUCUUGAAACCAGCACUGCGGGGUUUUAUACAGCAAUGUAUAUAAAAUGAUGCCGUGCUUUAACUGUGACUUUUCUCAGUCGAAACACAUGACGCAACAGCGUGUAACUUGCCAAGUGUGAGAUUCAUUUGUAAUUGUCAGAUGACAGCAGUUUUUUUAUUACAAAAUAUUUCGGGGUUUUUCUCCCAGUUUCUCCCCCUCCCAAAAAUAUAUAUUUCUUUACUUCUCUUGUGUAUAGGCUGGGGGUUCGUGCUCCUACUGAGACGCGUUACAACAUUAAUGUACAUUUCUGAAUUUUUUUAAAAGAAGUAUUAUUUUUUGACGCAAAAAACUGCCGUUUUGUAAUUUCUCCGGUGCAGUCGCCUCCGUCCCAAAAGAAUGGUGGAGGCUGUUGCUCUGAACUAGACGUUAUCUUUUCAUGUGUCGUAUUGUCUCCUUUUCCCCUUUGCUUUUAUUUUGUGAAAAUGAACUGUAUAUUUGGGUGGUUCAGUGACGGAAAGGCGAUGUUUUCAGCAGUUUGCUGAAAUGUUUUCAUUUGAAUUGCGUCACUCCAGCGGUGACACAGCAUGGAAGUGUACUGAAGAACAUUUUAUUCUGUUCCAUGCAACACUUAAAUUGGGUACAAUGUUGGGUGAAAAUUGUACAGUUAUUUGCAUUUUAGGAAUAUGUGGUGAUUGUUGACUAAAGCUGUAGUAUCCCUUUUCAAGCAAGUCAACUUCUAAACCGGUUAAAGUAGGUCAUCUCAGGUGGAUUGUACAAGACGUUGUGCAUGAAUUGUGUCGAUUAUUGCGAUUCAGUGUUACGUCAGUUAUUAAAGAGACUAUUCAUUUGAGGGACCGCCUGCCCUUUUUAAAGAUUUCAUUCUAAAAUUACCACGUAAGGGGAUGCUACAAUUUUAUAUCAACUUUGAUUGUGGGUCAAAGGAAUAGAAAUUAUUUUUUAUCAAAUGAGCAAUAUUGUAUUUAUUUUUCUCUUUUAAAAUUGAAUUAAAAUCAGUUUUAGUGAAACGCAAA